AUGAGCUCAAUCAAAGGCCUUCCGCAAUCCCAAUCUUCCUUCGACGGCGCACCCCUCAGGGUCGCCAUCGUCCACGCGCGAUGGAACAAAUCCGUCAUAGACGCGUUGGUCGCGGGCGCGGUCAAGAAGCUGAAAGCGCACGGCGUCAAAGACCAUAACAUCGUCGUCCAAACCGUCCCAGGCAGCUUCGAACUGCCCCUCGCAUGCCAAAGAGUCAUCGCGGGAUCCCACGUACAAGCCGGCGCGACGGCGACGGAUCUCCUCGGCGGCCUCGGCGGCCUGUCCAUGACGUCCCUAGUUACGGGCGGGUCACGCUCCGGGACGCCUAUACCGACGACGGCGAACAUGCCGAACCAGCCCUUCGACGCGGUCAUCGCGAUCGGGGUGCUCAUCAAGGGCUCGACGAUGCACUUCGAGUACAUCUGCGACAGCGUGUCGCACGCGCUCAUGCGUGUGCAGCUCGAUACAGGGGUCCCUGUCAUCUUUGGCGUGCUGACGGCUCUCACGGACGAUCAGGCGCUGGAGAGGGCGGGCCUUGGGAGGGGGGAGGACAAGGGUCAUAAUCACGGCGAGGACUGGGGGUCGGCUGCGGUGGAGAUGGCAUCAAAUGCGAGAAGGUGGGGUGAGGGUAAGUUCUAACUCGGUGUAACGAUGGAAGAGAUGAAGGGGAUGGACAAUGGGUAUAGGGAAGGAUCGGCGAGUGAGUGUAUGAUUUGAACUAGUCCUUUCGGCGAACUGUAUUCUAUGGGGAUGCUGUAGUGCUCAAGCUUUUAUAGAGUCAUGAACGCUGCGACGCCCUCGGCGAC